AUGUCUUCCCCUUUUUUUCCAAUCAAUCAAUUCCUCUUCUUCCAAUCCUUUCUUCUCUCUGGACGCCAGCUUCUCUCUUCUCGAUGCCCACGAAGAAGAUGCGCCGAUGCCGAUGUGGGGAGAAGGAAGAGUGAAAAGGGAACAAAAGUGGAAACUUCCGCUUGGCUGUUCUCUCCUCUCACCUUUCGGCUUCAAUUAAUCCACUCGAUGCCGUUUCUUCUAGGAUUUCGAACCUUCGAGCUGCUCCAUUGCCGUGGCUCCACCGUCGAAUCUGAAAGGUUCGUUGACUAUAAUCGUCCCGGUAAGAAUGACAAGGGGCUCAAGCUUUACUAUCCGAGGGAACGUUGGCAGCUAGAGAUGGUCGGGAUUCUACUUCAUCCCAGUCAGACAGUCGCCGUGAUUACGGGUCCAUGGUCAACUCACAUCAUCGUAACCCCUCAAGCUGCUAGAGCUUUAUCUCGAAAGCAAUUCAUCCUUUGUCUUUUCCAUCAUAAACACCCACUAGAGAAGCCACUUGUGUUGCCCCUGCUCGGCUGUCAGAAUUUGAUGCCAUUACUCCACCAAAAGAUAGACAUCGUUCAAGUACUCGUGGUUGUACUGAUCUGA